AUGUUUAAAAGUCGUGGUGAUAGCAAUAUUGUUUAUAAAUGUACUGUACGAUUAUUAGAAGAUACUGAAAUAUUAGAAUGCGAAUUUCACCCAAGCUAUAAGGGUAAAUUUCUCUUAGAACAUGUAUGUCAACAACUUAAUCUUACGGAGACAGAUUAUUUUGGACUGCGAUAUGUUGAUGCUGGAGGGCAAAGGCAUUGGCUACACUUAGCCAAAUUAAUAUUAAAACAAGUUAAAGAUGCUUCACCCAUUUUAUUUAGUUUUCGUGUGAAAUUCUAUCCCCCAAAUCCGUUGCUACUCAAAGAAGAUGUGACGAGAUUCCAAAUAUACCUGCAGUUAAAGAGAGACCUUCUUCAUGGUCGACUUUACUGCACAUCUAAUGAGGCUGCAAUGCUUGGUGCACUCAUUAUACAAAUUGAGCUAGGUGAUUACGAUCCUAAUAUACACGUGGGCAACUAUGUCACAGAAAUGAGGCUACUUUUAAGACAAACAGACACUAUAGAAGCUAGGAUACAGGAACUGCACCGAGAUCCAAUGGAAGGAACACCUGGGGGUACUGGCGGUGUUAAGGGCAUGUCCACUCAGGAGGCGGAGAGGACUUUUCUGAAAAUAGCUUGCCAACUUGAUACAUAUGGAGUUGAUCCACACCCCGUUAAAGAUCAUAGAGGCAAUCAGCUGUAUCUGGGAAUCAAUCACAGUGGUAUACUGACGUUUCAAGGCAGUCGGAAGACUCAUCACUUCAAGUGGUCCGAAGUGCACAAGAUUAAUUUCGAAGGGCGAAUGUUUAUCGUGCAUUUGAACUAUCCUGAAAAAAAGCACACAGUGGGUUUCAAGUGCCCCAGCGGCGCGGCGUGCCGGCAUGUUUGGUGUUGUGCCAUUGAACAAAUGUUGUUUUUUACCCUGCCGUCAUCGUCGGACGCGUGCGUGUACUCCGGGGGCGGCCUGUUCUCCUGGGGCACGAAGUUCAAGUACGUGGGCCGCACCGAGCGGGAGAUCCUGGAGAGGGACGGCCUACUGACCCCGAGGGACUCGCAGGAGGAAGGUUCGAGUACUGGCGGCAAGAGAAAAGCAUCAAGUGUUCCGGCCACACCUUCCACACCUAUGACUGGAGACUUUGGCUACAGCAGCCUGCCGCGCUCGACGCACAGCGCGCCGCUGGAGGAGAGCGCGCCGGAGGGCGAGGCGUGCGACGGCGGCUGCCUGCUGGCCGGGCCCGCCGUCGACAUCGCGCUGGCCUGCUGCGACCACCUGCGCGACGACAAGCCCGCGGCGUGUCCGGAGUACGGCGCGCGCGACCCGUUCGAGCAGUCGUCGAGCUCGUCGGGCGCCACGCAGGCGUACGCGGCGGCGGCGGACGAGUGGCGGCCCGCGCUGCAGCCGGCGCCGCGCCCCUUCAGCCUGCUGCGCGCCUUCGUGCCGUCGUUCCUGGCCGUGUGGCUGGCGCUGGCGCUGGCCGCGCUGCUGCUGUUCGAGACGGACUGGCCGCCGCUGCGCGCCCUCAAGCGCAAGCCCGAGCUCGUGUCGCUGCGCCACCACUACUACGCGCCGCUCAAGGACUACGUCAAGCGGAAGCUGAUCGAGCUUUUCUGA